CCAAUGUUUGGAACAAUUUAUAUCAAUCAAUCAUUCAAGUAAAACAUUCAGAUUAGACAAUCAUGGACAAAUUAUUCAUCAUUACCUUGCUUGGUUUGCUCAUAUUGGCUAAUGGAGUUGCUGAAAACAUGGUGUUUAACAACUUUGCCAUUCUUGAGGAGCUUGAAAGCUUUGAGAUAGAUGAAGAAAAUGAUGUGGUACUUUUCGAUAUCCCGUCUUGGACAAGUGAACGUGGUGGCAAGGUUCUUGUUAAUGUUGAUAGCUUUGGUGCUGUUGGAGAUGGAAUUUCUGAUGACACCCAGGCCUUUGUGAAAGCUUGGGAAACUGCUUGUGCUACACCAGAAUCAGUUUUCUUGGUUCCUUCCGAACACCAUUAUUUAGUUAAUGCAACAAGAUUUAAAGGCCCUUGUGAAGAUAGAUUUGUCAUCCAGAUAGAUGGAACAAUUGUAGCACCUGAUGAGCCUAAGAACUGGGACCCCGAUCAUGCUCGACAAUGGCUUGAGUUCUCUAAGCUGAACGGAGUCCUCUUCCAAGGGAAUGGAGUUAUUGAUGGUUCAGGCAGCAAAUGGUGGGCGUCAUCUUGCAAAAAGAACAAGACCAAUCCUUGCAGAGGAGCACCGACGGCAUUAACCAUUGAUUCAAGCUCAUCAGUGAAGGUAAAAGGUCUUACUAUCAAGAACAGCCAGCAGAUGCAUUUUGUGAUUUCCAAGUCAGCAUCCGUGAGAAUAUCUCAAGUUAGUGUUUCAGCUCCCGGAGACAGUCCAAACACUGAUGGAAUCCAUAUUACUCAAUCAACUAAUGUUGUUCUCCAGGACUGCAAAAUUGGAACAGGUGAUGAUUGCAUCUCAAUUGUUAACGGUAGCUCCGGUAUUAAGAUGAAGAGGAUAUAUUGUGGACCUGGACAUGGAGUCAGCAUUGGAAGUCUUGGGAAGGACAACUCAACAGGCAUAGUCGCUAAGGUGGUCCUGGAUACUGCAUUUAUCAGUGAGACAACCAAUGGCGUCAGGAUUAAGACUUGGCAGGGAGGUAAUGGUUAUGUUCGCGGGGUACGUUUUGAAAAUGUGAGGAUGGACAAUGUCGAUAACCCCAUCAUUAUCGACCAAUUCUACUGCGAUUCUCCAGCAUCCUGCCAAAACAAGACAUCAGCAGUAAAAAUUAGCGAGAUCAUGUAUCGCAAUAUUAGUGGGACUACAAAGAGUGAAAAAGCAAUGACAUUUGCCUGCAGUGACUCAGUUCCUUGCAGCAACAUAGUCCUGAGUAACGUCAACUUAGAGAUGGAGGAUAGCACAGUAGAGACCUACUGCAAUUCGGCGGAAGGUUUUGGAUAUGGCAUCGUUCACCCUUCAGCCGACUGCCUAACUUCCCAUGACAAAGAGACAGAACUUUCCCAAAACUACAUUCUCAAAGAGGAGACAGAAAUUGAUGAGCUUGAAGAUUCCAACAGCGACCACAUUGUUCAUACUGAACUUUGACCUGCCCCCUAAUGAAAUUAAAAUAUCCUCAUUAAUUAAAGUAAUAUACUAAACUGGGUAAAUGGAAAGUAUAGUAUACAAGUAGAGAUUUCUUGGAGGAGGUUUGAGGUGCCCCUGUUAAAUAUUUUGGGAAUUUACUGAUAUUCCAUACAUAGUUACAGACCAACAGCAGUAGAAAGCAAUUAUGCAGUUGGAAAUUUUAAAAAUUAUAGUACUUCUGUAAAUAUUUUAAUUAUCACAUGUGUCUGUAUUAUUUGGAUGUUUGUCGUAAUUUGAAGUUGGAACAAUUCUAGUGA